AUACAUGCAACUAUGGACUGAAAAGUUUGAAUACUAAAGUCAAAUCGCAGUGCGAAGCGAAGUCUACGAGAUAAUCAAAAUGGAGAACGAUCUUCUUACCUCGAUUACUUUCAUCACUAACUACGGAGAUACCGAUAGAGAAAAAGCAAAACGGGAAGAAGAACGAUACAAGCUAGUUCGAGAACUUUACGAAGAGAUCCGCCAGGAAAAGCUGAAUUCCGUAAAGAAGGUACAAGAGGAAGCGGAGGCGAUGAAGCUAAGAAAAGAACAGCUUCAAGUCACUUGGUACGUCCUCUACGAUAACAACAGAGCGUUCAUGGACUACCAGCUGAGUAAUAAAGAUAUCGACUCUUGGGAUCAAUAUAUGAGGUGUGACGGGCUUCCCGAUCCUGGGAUCAUUUCGGAUCUCAACACUUACUUGUUUCUUUGGAGUCUCGAUGAUUACACAGCCAACGUUGAAACUGUGGCCAAAAAAUCGGAGGAAGUCAUUUACCUUUUGAACAAGCUUGAGAGUAUCAUACACUAUUCGGUUAUGAACCCUCGAGAAUACACCGACCAGUGUAUAUUGAUCAGGCAGCAGUUUAGAGACAAGCUGCAAAUGUGGCUAGACCUGGCGACCUAUCGUCUUUUACGUCGUAUAGAACAGGGAAUGAUCAGGGAAGAUUUACGAAAUGCAAGAUUCGUGAAAAAAUCAAAGCAGUUGAUUUGCUGCUUGUGGGCCCUGAUAAAAUUGCCAAUUAGCAUCAAGCAAGUGACAGAAAGAGACAGAAAGCCGGUCGAAGUUGUUUUCGACGAAAUCAAUUUAACCAUAAAAAUGCCCAUGGACGUCGACUGUUAUUGCAUGGCGAUUCGUGGAAUGUGGGUUAAAUAUGAUCACUAUUCCGAUCAGACUGUAUCGUUUAAUCAACCGGAGUUGCCAGAAAAGUAUCAAGUAACACUAGAUCUGUUAAAUUACUGUCAAAUCGAACACGAAACAAAGGCAAAGAUCAGAGAAGAGCAGGCCGAAGGUCGGCGGUUACGUCUCGAAGAGAAACGGCUGAUGGCAGAAAAACUGGCGAAUCCACCACCGCCGGCGUCGCAGGGGGAGCAAAAAAAAACCAAAGGCCAAGCCGGGCAGUACAGUCGUGGUAAAAAGAACGAACCAGAACCAGAACCGGAACCGGAACCGUUACCUUAUUUACCAACACCGGAUGAAAUAAUCCUGGCCAACGAAGGUGAAGUGAGAAAGGAAAUAAGGAGGCUGCUUUUUACCAGAUGUGAGAAGACUGAACUCAAUUUAAGGAAGUACGCUAUUCUGGGUGGCGCAAUUCACGUUGACUUGGUCUAUCAACCGGCCCAGCCGAAAGAUAUGCGAAGAGAUAUUCUAAUCACCGCGUUACAGAUUCCCAAAGAACUAAAAUACGUUCCUUUUAUGAAACCUUACGACCCGCCACCGCCGGCUGCUCAAGAUGCUGAGAGACCACCGGAAGUGAUCGAGGCGGAAAUGAAGGCGUUGGAAGAAGCAAUGGAAGCCCUGGCGUUGAUCACUCUAAAAAUUCCGGAGACGGUGCUCUGGUUUGAACCACCUUUGGUAGCUCACUGGCUGCCCGAGAGAAAAAUCUGGUCGACCAAAGACGUCCAUGAUAUUAAAUAUAACGAGGAACAGCAGAUAAUCACUUUCAGAACUGGGCGGCUGGGUGUUCACGGCCUUGCCGGCUACAGAUACAUCAAUCUACCCUUUCAAAGUUGGGAGAUGAAACCAGAGUCCGGGAAGGAAAACGGCGGCGGCGUGAUCUUGUCGAUAACAGCAGCUAUCGUUCAAGUAGAAUUUAUUGUCAGGGAAGAUUUGGUAUGCCUGCGUUCGUUGGUUGGUGGUACGAGUUCUGCACUUCAAGAAAUCGUCGGUGAAUAUAUGAAGCUGCAUUUUCUAAUACAGAAAAUGCGAGCAGGCGGAUGCGACCUUUUUCCCGAUCAGGACGCUAGGAGCUACAUGAAGGGGUUCUCUGGAAAACAUUCGGUUGUUGAAAAACACCUGCAAUCCUGCAUGGGUCUACUAUGCACCGCAUACCUCUUUGGAUGGUCCAGAUGGAAUGCUAGCUGCACUCCACGGGAAAUUGUCAUUCAGUUCAAAGAGAUUCACGGGUGCGUUGCGCAGCAAUCGAAUUCGACUCUCUUGGUAUCUCCACUUGAAACAUGUUUGGUCGACUGCACGGAAGUGAGUCCGGAAUUUAGUAACAAACGUUUACCGGACCAGGAGAACCAGUUUCACGCAGAUUUGUAUCAUAUGGCGAUGCAUAACGCUGGAAUAAAAAGUCGAAUGCUGAUGAAAAGCGUCUCGUUCAAGCUUGCGACGAUUGUAAGUCAGCUUCUUCAGAGAACAAGUGUUAUCAGUAUGUCGUCGUGAUGCCUUUUUUCAUAUCCUUUAUUCUGCCUUUUUGCGGUGAGUAUAACAAUAGAGAAAUAAUAAUCUACAGAUAACGGUUUCCUACAGAAACCAAACUCCAUACUCUUGUUAUUUCAGGAUUUCUAUAAGUACUAGUGAAAACCGUACAUAGCCUGAAAGAAUAAAAAUUGUCGAUUUUCAUUGUUAUAAACUUUUAAUAUAAAGUCAAAUUAUAUUCUAGUCACUGAAAUCUCACACAAUCAGUCAGGGAGAUCAAUUUAUCGACAUAUCAUAACAGAUGUUACUCCAAUCUUUGACAUAAGUGAGCUAGUUUUAAUU